GGAUGCUGGCGCAGGGGUUCUGGGGCCUGAUUGGCUUUGGCAGGACCCAGAGUGAGCCAGUAGCUGGUCAGCAGGUGGCGUAGGCAAAAAUGAUUUCUUCUUGGGAGGUGGGAAAGACAAGGCCACCUAUAAUCGUCUUUUCAUCAAAUCUGGGGCCUGAGAGGAGGUAACCGGGUAAACUACAACUCCCAGAAGCCUCUGCUCCCCGGAGUCAAGAAUGGUUGUCAUGGUUUCAGAAAACAAUAUGUCCGCUCCCAGCUGGGACAGGAGUCUCAGGGUUAGAGAAGCAGAAGGUCUGGGCGCCCUCAGCGGCGAGGGAGGAGGCGCUUGAGCAGCCUUGAGUUUGAGGCUGGACGCUGCACGGCUGGGACGCCCUGCCUUUGCCCAGGGUGCCAAUGGCGGGCAGCGUGGACGAGGAGGCACUGCACCAGCUGUACCUGUGGGUAGACAACAUCCCUCUGUCCCGGCCCAAGAGAAAUCUCUCCCGGGACUUCAGUGACGGAGUCCUGGUUGCAGAAGUCAUCAAGUUUUACUUCCCCAAGAUGGUGGAGAUGCACAAUUAUGUCCCUGCCAACUCUAUCCAGCAGAAGCUCAGCAACUGGGGUCACCUGAACAGGAAGGUGCUGAACAAGUUGAAUUUCUGGGUACCGGAGGAUGUGAUGCGCCAGAUCGCGCAGUGCACGCCAGGCGUGGUUGAGUUGGUGCUCAUUCCGCUGAGGCAGCGCCUGGAAGAUCGGCUGCGGCGCAGGAAGCAGGACUCCGGCUCUUUACAGGAGCUGGCUCCUCAGGAUGGCACUGGCUACAUGGAUGUGGGUUUGUCCCAGAAGGCCCGAGGGGAAGGUGCCGCGGACCCCCAGGGAGGGGGACAGCUCAGGGGAGGCAGACUGCCAGCGCCCCGGCCUCCUGGGUAUAGCCAGGUGCUGCAUGGCGAUCCAAGCUUCGUCCUCCAGAUCGCCGAAAAGGAGCAGGAAUUGUUGGCCUCACAGGAGACCGUGCAGGUCCUCCAGAUGAAGGUGAGGCGCUUGGAGCACCUCCUUCAGCUCAAGAAUGUGCGAAUCGAUGACCUCUCCCGCCGGCUCCAGCAGGCAGAACGUAAGCAACGGUGA